AAUUUUUUUUUCUCUUUUCAGUAUAAGUUCAGGGAUCUAACUGUGGAAGAACUAAAGAAUGUAAAUAUGAUUUUCCCACAUUUCAAAUAUUCCAUGGAUACCUAUGUUUUUAAAGAUAGUUCACAGAAAGAUCUGUUGAAUUUCACUGGCACUAUUCCCGUGAUGUACCAUGGUACUACAUAUAAUAUACCAAUUCACUUGUGGAUUUUGGAUUCUCACCCUUUUGCUCCCCCCAUUUGCUUCUUAAAGCCAACUGCAAAUAUGGGAAUCUCAGUUGGAAAACACGUGGACGCUCAAGGCAGAAUAUACCUGCCUUAUCUCCAGAACUGGAGCCAUCCUAAAUCUGUCAUUGUUGGACUAAUUAAAGAAAUGAUUGCCAAGUUUCAAGAGGAGCUUCCCCUGUACUCUCUGUCACCAUCUGAUGAAGCGCGGCAGGUCGACUUGCUAGCCUAUAUUGCAAAAAUCACAGAAGGUGUCUCAGACAUUAAUUCAAAGAACUGGGCAGAUCAGGAGAAUAAAUCAGUCAGUAAAAUUACUGUGGUUGGAGGUGGGGAGCUGGGAGUUGCCUGCACGUUAGCAAUUUCAGCAAAGGGCAUUGUAGACAGACUGGUCCUCUUAGACCUCUCAGAUGGGACUAAAGGAGGGACGAUGGAUCUUGACAUCUUCAACCUGCCGAAUGUGGAGAUAAGCAAAGAUUUAUUUGCCUCUGCUCAGUCCAAAGUGGUGAUCAUCACAGUCAACUCCUUGGGUAGUUCUCAGUCCUAUCUUGAUGUUGUGCAGAGCAAUGUGGAUAUGUUCAGAACCCUCAUCCCAGCUCUGGGACACUAUAGUCAACAUAGUGUCCUGCUUGUUGCAUCACAACCAGUGGAAAUCAUGACGUAUGUGACAUGGAAACUGAGUGCAUUUCCUCCAAGUCGAGUGAUUGGAAUUGGAUGCAAUCUGGAUUCACAGAGGUUGCAAUAUAUUAUCACAAAUGUUUUGAAGGCACGGAUUUCAGGAAAAGAAGUGUGGGUUAUUGGGGAACAAGGUGAAGAUAAAGUGUCCAUAUGGGGUAGCCAAGAAGGAUUGAGUCAUAACUCUGAUGUUCAGCUGUCUAACAGAGCCAUGGAGUUGUUACGAGUAAAAAGUCAAAGAUCCUGGUCUGUUGGGCUAUCAGUAGCUGACCUGGUAGACAGUAUUGUGAAUGAUAAAAAGAAAGUACAUUCUGUAUCAGUUUUAGCAAAGGGAUAUUAUGAUGUAAAUAGCGACGUUUUUUUAAGUUUGCCUUGCAUCCUUGGAAGCAGUGGGGUAUGUGAAAUCAUCAAAACCACGGUGAAAGAAGAUACAGUGUCUGAGAAACUCCAAAGCAGUGCAUCAUCAAUCUAUGGUCUCCAGCAGCAGUUAAAACUUUGACUCUAGGGAGUCGGGCGGUAGCGCAGUGGGUUAAGUGCAGAUGGCGCAAAGCGCAAGGACCUGUGUAAGGAUCCUGGUUCAACCCCCCCCUCCCCGGCUCCCCACCUGCAUCG